UUGCGUGAAGCUUUCUCCUUUCUCCCUCUCUGCUUAUUUCUUUCGUAUAUUAACACACGAAACCCAUUAAAGUUUAUUCAUUUUAUCUAGACCCUGUGGUUCUUGGUCUUCAAUAUUUUUCUAGGUGGCUGCUGAUUUUUUCUUGAUUUAUUCUAUUCUGGGUUCUUGAUUUAUUCUUCAAUUUUUCAAAAGAAGAUUUAUCUCAAAGCCUCCUGCUUUUUAGUUAUUUCAAUCCAUUUCAGAUUUUUUUCUAGAGGGACCAAAAAGUGUAAGGUGGUCUGUACAUAUAGUUGGUAAAGUUUCUAGUUUUCAGCUAUAGGAACUUCAGAAUUGAAACAUGACAAUUGGAAGCAUUAAAUCUGUAAAAGAGAAGAAAUCAAGAAAGAGCAAACAAGCAGUGGUUGACGAGCAAUCACCAUUAUUGCCUACCAAGCACCAGGAAGAUGGCGGAUUCGAUGAGUUCAAUGGGGCUUCUUUUAGUGGGGCUGUGUUUAAUUUAUCAACCACAAUCGUCGGUGCUGGAAUUAUGGCCUUGCCCGCGACUAUGAAGGUGUUGGGACUCAUUCCUGGGAUUGUUAUGAUCAUCUUGAUGGCUUUCCUUACAGAAGCUUCAAUUGAGUUGUUAAUCAGGUUUAGUAGGACUUCGAAAUCAGUUUCUUAUGGAGGUCUUAUGGGCGAUGCUUUUGGAAAAUAUGGGAAGAUGUUGCUUCAAAUAUGUGUACUAGUUAAUAAUAUUGGUGUUCUUGUUGUAUACAUGAUUAUCAUAGGUGACGUUCUCUCCGGAACAGCUUCAAGUGGAACGCACCAUGCUGGUGUCCUGGAAGGUUGGUUUGGGGUUCAUUGGUGGAAUGGGCGAUUCUUUGUUCUUCUUGUCACCACCCUUGGCGUAUUUGCACCGUUGGCUUGCUUAAAGCGUAUAGAUUCAUUGAGAUAUACAUCCGCAUUAUCAGUUGCCUUGGCUGUUGUAUUCCUGGUCGUGACUGUGGGAAUCACCGUAUUCAAGCUGAUAAAUGGAUCCAUUCUUAUGCCCAGAUUGCUUCCCGAUUUUCAUGAUCUGACAUCAUUCCUCAACCUCUUCACUGUCGUUCCUGUACUUGUCACUGCAUACAUCUGUCACUAUAAUGUUCACUCCAUAGAAAAUGAACUUGAAGACGGCAGGCAGAUCAGAGCGGUGGUGCAAAGUGCGCUAGCUCUUUGCUCAAGUGUGUAUGUGUUGACAAGCCUUUUUGGAUUUCUACUAUUUGGCGAUGCGACUCUUGAUGAUGUGCUUGCCAACUUUGAUGCUGAUCUUGGAAUUCCAUUUGGCUCCCUGCUUAAUGAUGUUGUGCGUGUCAGCUAUGCUGCUCACCUUAUGCUUGUCUUUCCCAUUGUUUUCUACCCACUGCGGCUUAACUUGGACGGCCUUCUCUUUCCCUCUGCGAGGCCUCUAACCUUGGACAAUUCGAGGUUUGCAUUUUUAAGCAGUGGGCUCAUUGCCAUCAUCUUUUUGGGGGCGAAUUUCAUCCCAAGCAUCUGGGAUGCUUUCCAAUUCACUGGAGCAACUGCUGCUGUUUGCAUUGGGUUCAUAUUUCCUGCUGCUAUUACACUCAGGGAUCGGUACGGCAUAUCAACUAAGAGGGACAGGAUCUUGUGUAUUUUUAUGAUUGUCCUUGCUGUCUUUUCGAACCUGGUGGCCAUAUAUAGCGACGCCUAUGCCUUGAUUAAAAAGAAUUCAGCACCGCGUGAGUGAUUUCUCGUGUGCCUGUGCAACAGAGGAAGUGGAAGUAUUAGUUGUACUCCUUUGUGAAGAUAGAGCGAAGGCAAGAUGAUACUGGUUCAGGAAAUGGUGCUUUUCUUUGAAGCUGCUGGAGUCGCAUUUUAAUAAGUGUAUAAAUACUGCUAUAUUACAAAAUUUGAGUAGCUUUGCUCAACAUGUAUCAAAGCAUGGCUCGACAUUCUUGUACACUAUAUCCAGUGGCAGUUUGUCUUACAUAGAUGAUGAUGUGUAAACUGAAUGCAAAAGCCACAGCAAGUUCAACUUGGAUAUGGCUUCAGUUUCCUGUAUGAUAUACGUUUAUUUUUUUGUGUAUUUGUUUCCCUUGGUUGAGUUUGAUGUAAUAUUCACAUGCUGGAUUUUUUCUUCCUUUAUGAAUAUCAUUGUCCGCUAGACGGUCUUUCUAGUUGGCUGGUAUUUAGUA